AAAAAAAUUUCCUCCCCUUUCUUGAAUUCAGGUUCUUCAACACCAAAUACAAAAAGAAAGGGAAAAAAAAGGAGGGGGGAAAAAUUACAGUGUUUUUCUUAUUGUAUAGGAGGGAUUAACGAUUAGUACCCAAGAAAAAAGAUAAGAUUGCGAAUAGAAAGAGAAAAACAACAAACAAAGAAAAAAAAUCAAAAGGAGAAGAAAUGGAGGAAUCAAGGCAAUCGGAUUGUAGGGUUCCUGUCAUUUCUUCCAUAUUCUUCAUCUGCCUAGCGACCGGAGGUGUGUUUCUGAUAAUGUACGUUUUCACGCCUUCAUUGUCGGCGCCAUGGUACCCGAUCGCGGCAUUCGUCAUGAUCGGAAUUCCGUGGCUUUUCUGGUUGGUCACAUACAUUUACGCAUGCCUUAAAGCCUGUUUUAGAAGGGGUAAUCUCAACGAGCGACAAAUUUCGAGGCGGAAUAAUUAUUCGAGGAACGCCGCGCCUUCUUCCAAGAACACCGGAAGAAAUGCGUCGAUUAGCCAACACCGUGAUCGUGAUCAAGAAGAAGCCGUCGAUGAUCAUCGGAAUUCGCCGAAAGACGGAAAACACGUACAAUUCGCGGAGGUGGUUGUGAUGGGUGCCGGCGAUAAUGGACGAAAUAACCAGGAAUCAUCAUCAGUUACAUCUUCUAAAGAGAUUGAGAUGCCAUUAAAUGUAGGGGUUUCAUCUUCAUGAUAGGAGGAGGAGGAAGAGGGGAAAAAAAGAAAUUUGGGGUAAUUAAUUCUCUUUUUUCUUGUUUGUACUUAUUAAUUUUUAUUUUACUUUUCUUUCGAAAACUUUGAGGUAUAUAUAUAGUUUC